CCUAAUCAACCAAGAUUGUUUAAUGGAGCAAUCAUUUUAUGACUGUGUCCACUGGCAGUCUGCCUAGAGGCCUAUGCCUUGUCUGUGCGCUCACCUGGGUUGGCUAGUUUGAGCGUCUGUAUGGUCAUUUUGUAGACUGUCGCAGAGUAAUCCCCUGGAAUGUAACGUCCAGACGACAGUGUCUAGCCUGCUUUCCAGUACAUAUGUAAUUCUGUGCUGGAAAGAUGUUGCCGCAUGGACAUGUAUUUUGAAAGGUAUACUGCGGGAGUACAGUCCACAAAACCACCAGGUACAGCAAAUAUGAUUCUUUUUAAUAGAGUCCAAUCUUUAUAAAAAAUCACCCCAUUCAUAUCAUGCAUUAGGUUGAAAUCAGGUGACUGAAUUUGGUACAAUAACUAAUGCGUAUCAAAGAAGAGAACCUUUUUUGGUUCCAUCCGAUUACCGGAGCAGGUUCAAAGUCAGGUAACAUUUUUGGUAAACUAAUUGUAAUAUGCUGCGGUUCUGUGGAGAACUUUAAAGUCAUUAUUAUGUACUUAAAUGGACUGCUGUUUUAUUCUCACAGCUGCUGUUAUGUCGAAUUGCUACAUCGCUAUAGAUUUGCAUAUAGCUUACAUGCAAUGUAACCAUAGCAACGCAUUCCAAUUAUUAAUGGAAAUCCGUUCGCUUUAUCAAGAAUAUGUAUCGAUGGCCUUCACCUACGAGCGAUCAAACAAGGACACCUGCUGGUGUGUCCUGACCCAGAAACUUUGCCCCUGUAAAGCUGGAGAUUGCGUCACUUCUUUGUUCAUCCGUCUGCAGCUCGUCUGCUUUUGUUUACCAGGCAUGUGGACCACUGUUGUGUUGAGGUCAGCCUCGCGCCCCAAAUCACAUGGCCUCACCAUGGCAACCCUGCCGGACAGCACGACGCACAGGUCGAAGUCGGGAUCCGGUGGUUUAAAUGUACCAACAACGGCUGUUAAAACUGGGAGGUACAAGAUCAUUAAUGACCUGCCGGGACCGAGUCUGGCCACGACUGCGUACUGGCUUUUUGUGAAGGGAUACGCUAACAAGAGCCAUGUCAUGCAGGUAGAGAAGCUGAUCGCACAGGUGAUCCGACAGGAGGGUCGGUACCCCGCCCGCACUGACCUGCCCCACUGGAAGGAGUACCGGGACCUGCGGGGACAGGCUUAUGGACUUCAUGUUGAGUGAGUGACUCGGACAUCCUGGGUCUGAAAUCCUCUAUUGGGAAACAGUAAUACCCGGAGUCUGGUCUCUUUUAAAAGCGCUAAAGAAGCUUUCAAUGCAGCCACGCUUUGUAAGUGUGUUUGCUCCAGAGGCCUUACCAUCAGCACGCCUCC